AUGGUCUGUCCAAAAAAUUAUUCCAUUUAUCGUAAAGACCGGGUACGAAUUGGCGGUGGUGUAGCUAUAUACUGCAGAAAUGACGUUAAAUCCGCCAUAGUAAGUAUUACUCAAACUGACAAAGAUAUUGACAUCAUUUGUGUUGAUUUAAUUUUUAGGUCUAGUAAACUCCGCUUAAUUACUUGUUACCGUCCACCGUCCUAUUCUCUUGAUGAUUAUAUCUAUCUUGAAUCAAUGAUCUCGAUAAUUAGCAAUCUCUGUGAAUCUGUUCCUCAAUUUGUCAUUGUCGGAGAUUUCAACUUACCGAAAAUUGAUUGGGUUAACUAUGUUUCGCCAAUUGAGAAAUGUCAUAAUCUUUUUUUAACUUUGGUAAAUAAUCUUGGUAUGUACCAAUAUGUACUGGAGCCCACUCGAGAAAAUAAUAUUCUGGAUCUCGUUCUCUCAAAUAUCAUUUCCCUAUUAAGUAAUAUUUCCGUUGAGUGUCCAUUUAGUACAAGCGACCAUAACUCAGUCUUUUUUUAUAUAAACACCUUUAAUUAUUAUCAGCCCGAAACAAACUCUGAAUCUUUUUACGACUUCAAAAAUACAGAUAUAAUUGCUUUUAAUUCUUAUUUAUCAAAAAUAAGUUGGGACCUCGAUUUUUCUUCUGUUUUUACAACUGAAGAGUAUUGGAACAUCUUUUCUAAUCAUCUUCGUAAAGGUAUUGAUCGUUUUGUUCCAAUCAGAACAAUAUACCAUAACAAAAAAAGUCGUUCUUAUCCAAAAUAUAUUUAUAAAAUGCUAAUUCGCAAAUCUUUUCUAUGGAAAAGAUGGUCAAUCACAAAGACCACCUUGCACAAAAAGGCAUUUAUCCAAUAUGCAUCAAAAUGUAAAAAAGCCAUAUCCACACACCACAAAAAUGUGGAACUAAAACUGGUCAAAGAAAAUAACUUAAAUUUUUCAGCAAAGAUAGUUUAUCAAAAACUUAAAAAUCUAAAACCUAGCACAUCAUUUGGACCAGACGGUAUACCAAAUAUACUUUUAAAACAUUUUACGUCAAGCUCGUUACCAAAACAGUGGCUUCAAGCUACGGUUUCCCCUAUUUUUAAAAAAGGAUCUACUUCAGAUGCUAACAAUUAUAGACCUAUCUCUCUCACAUGUACUAGCUGUCGUGUCAUGGAAAGUAUUGUUAGUUCAAGUAUCGCUGAUUAUCUUAAUAUAAAUAAUCUAAUAACACCUAAUCAACACGGCUUUUUAUCCAAAAGAUCUACGUGCACAAAUCUUCUAGAGUCAACUAAUGACUGGAAUAAAGCUUUAGACAGCAAUUUAAUUACUGACGUGGUAUACAUUGACUUUCAAAAAGCAUUUGACUCUGUACCUCAUCCAAAACUUCUGAAGAAACUUGCAAUGUACGGCAUAAUAGAUAAUCUGCUUCAUUGGAUAUCAGCAUUUUUUUCUAACAGAUAUCAAAGAGUUCUGGUUGGAAAUUCACUAUCUAAUCCAACCUGCAUCCUAAGUGGAGUUCCACAGGGUAGCGUCUUGGGUCCAACGUUAUUCUUAUUAUUUAUUAAUGAUCUACCCUCUAUAGUAAAAGAUCUUAAUUGCUCUCUAAUGUUAUAUGCUGACGAUAUCAAGUUAUAUAGUUCAUUUAAGGAUGCCGAUUACAGUCACGAUCUUGCUGUAGCCAUUUAUAAAGUUUAUCUCUGGUCAAAAAAAUGGCAAUUAAAAAUAGCCAAUAAUAAGUGCUUUACUCAUAGAAUAGCAUCUACUUCAUUUUGUAAAGACAUAAAUUACAACUAUCAAUUAGGCGAUCAUAAUUUAACUUGGUCUACAAACCCAAAAGAUCUUGGUGUGACCAUGGAUUCUUAUUUGAAUUACAGUAAUCAUAUUUCAAAUAUCGUCCGUGCAUCAAACAUUCGAGGAUAUCUAAUCCUUAAAUGUUUUUAA